AAACGACUCCGAGUACAACCCCAGCAGCAGCGACUCCUCCCCCCCCGCCCAGCGGAAGCGGCAGCGGAGACCAACCUCUCCCCCAUCCGCCCCAGCUCCAGCCCCUAAACGACAAAAAGGCGUUUUCAACCCGCAGUACCUGCACCUCCUAAACGAGGACAUCGCCGACGCAGCAUCCGGGCUCCCAAGUGAAGCGACAACCCCCACCUUUCCCCUGAACGAGCUCAAGCCCACCCAACUGGGCGCUGUAUCCUGGUCCGUAUCGGAGAAGCAAGCUUUCUUCGUCGCCCUAGCACGUCUAGGCCGCGAUGACGCAGCCGGAAUCGCUUCGCGGAUCGGGAGUAAGAGUGUCCUCGAGGUGCAGCAGUACCUUCACUAUUUAUCCGCUGCGGACCGCGCCCGGCGUUCUGAAAGUAAACGGCGCCGAGACAUCGGGCCGCUAGCUAUUCCCUCAGCCGUAGAGCUUAGUGCGGAACUCACGGUUGCUUUGGAUGCGGCGGCCGAUGCGCUCGCCCUGCGGCAGGAGACGUACGAGGCGUCGCUAGAGCAGAAGCGUUGGGGUGGGCGAUGGCUCGUGACGGAGCCGCUAGCGCAGGUAUUCGCGUCGCGGAUGCGGGCGCAGACGAGGGGGGAAACCGAUCCGUCUCACAACCACUCCGACCUCCCACCCUUCGCAGAGCUAUUCCACCUCCGCAACUGGCUCAGGCUUUCGGACCGCGUUUUCAUGAAUUCAACCGUAGAGGACGGGAACUGGCGCUUUGCGUCGGGUGAGCCCGAGGCUAAAGAGCGCCCCGCGAUACGGGCCACGGCGCUGGCGGAUUUUCACUCGCUGACGCUGAGUAUUACGAGGCGGCUUAUGAGCGCGGCGUUGUAUGUAGCGAGUUCGAGGAUACGGAUGAAGCGUGCGAGGGACCCGACGCGGCAUAGUGCGCUUGUGAAGAAGAACGAUGUCUGGGCCGCGGCAGCGAGUGUGGGGCUGAAGGAGGGUAGUCGAGAGUUUUGGGCGCGGGCUGCGAGGAGGUUGAGGUUGGAUGUAAUUGAUGACGAAGACGAAGGUGACAUAAGUGAAGAGGGAGAGGGGGAUGAUGAAAAUGAAGUGGAGGAGGAUGAGGAUGAAGACCUAUCAGAGGAAGGAGAAGAUCAAGAUAUGGGUGUUGACACUAUAUCCGAAGACGACAUAAUUGAAGCGGAAGAAGCUAUCCCCGGCAUAGAAGAACAAGAACAAGAAGACUCUGGUUACGACAUAAUGACCUACGACGCCGUCGAAGCCGCCCUCGGCUUCCCAAACCCCAACACAAAUCCAAUAAGCGACCCCCUCGACGAACCAGGACCUACCUCCAAGUCCGGAUUCAGUACCACAAUCGACUCACCCCCCACCUCCGACUCCGACUCCGAUGCCACCUCAGAAACCUCCGAAAUCAACGAUCCAGAACAUCAAGACCCAGACCCAGACCCAGACUCAAACCGCCCACCCUCGCCCCCAAUCGACAGCGCCCUCCUCUCCGCCGAUCUAAACGAAGCCCUAACCUACAGCGCACUAGACUACAUCCCGACCUCGCGGUCCAAGCAAGCGCUCAUCCACCGCCUCAAAGCGGAACAACACCUAUGGGCGGACGCGGACGCCCUCGAUGCCGCGACCAGCGCGGCUGAAGAGGCGCGUUUAUGGGGUAUGCUACGGGGUGAACCCGCCAAGUCCGAGACCGAGUCACCUAAGCCGGACCCGAGGCUAGUUCUAGGUAGCACUGGGAAGAAGUCCGGCUUGGAAGAUCAGGGUGAGGAUUGGAGGGAUUGGACGGAGUAUUACAGCGCGUGGGAGUUUACUGCGGAGCGGAGUCGUUUGGAGAGUUACGAUGACUGAGGCAUCAUAAUAUACCUACCUACAAAUCAGGGAGGUGUUCGUAUAUAUCCCACUUUCGAACACCAACUAGAACUUACUCUUGCAACACCCACCUAAUUAGUUCAAAUAAUCACCUCAAAAAAAAGUUCAGUAACCAGAAAAAC